GCUGUCGAGUUAACACACAGUGGUGGUGAGGAGCGUAGGCGGCAUUAGACCGGCAAAAUGGUCGAGUCGCCGCCGUCAAACUCUUAGUAUAGCGGCCUGCUUAACACAAGCCGGGCGGUUCGUCACAUCAUCAAGGAUUAAAUAAACAUUUGCAAUCAUCAAGUACAAAUCUUCAUCUAGACCAGCCGCUUUUCUCUGAUUGGCUUUUCCAGUUCAGCUAUUUCACAAGUCUGUGAGACAGAAGGGGGGGGGUGGUCGACUCUGAUUGGUUACCCGUCAUCUUUACAUGUUGAGGUUCGCCAACAGCUCCGGUCAUUUCAUCCGGUGAACUCGGUGUCGGUGGAUUCAAAUUUUGUGUUGUGACGUGAAAAUCAAAUCUAAGAUACGGUUAGAAGGAAGAAAAUGUGACUCGAGCCUAAAAUUUCGACAGCAACUUUCACCAAAACUACUAGCCCCACAGACACCUACAGGUCGUGUGUGACUCACCGUGAAUCACGAAAGUGUCGCAAUCUCUUUUUCAAACAAACAAAUUUCCCACACGACCACACAGCCAAUCAAGGUGAAUAUUUCAAAUUCGAGAUAUACCCAAGGCGUUUUCUUCAUGAGUGUCGGUACCUGCUUCAAUUUCCCGGUGGGUUUCACGAUGGAUCGCCAAAAUCAUCAGCCGUCGGCGGCUGGUGGCGGUUUUUACUCGGCCCAAGAGUCACCCAGUUCUAUUCUAUGGGACCUGGACAGCUCUUCGCUGAUUGUCCCGCCGCUAGUUCCAGCCUAUUUCCAUCCGUCGGCGGAAUUCCGCCCGCAUCAGACGUCGGGCGUCGAUACGAUGCGUCGUGAGAUCUCAGAAGAGAGCGGCUAUCAAACGGCCUUUGACGAAGGGUCCUCGUCGUGGGCGUCCGAUUGGCCAACCAAUGAAGACCAGACAACGGAAUUCCAGCAGCAUCAAGGUUGGUCCUCGACGGAGGACUUCCUGGCUCAAGAUAGCCAACUCACUAGCGACGAAAUGAGUUGGUUUCAACAGCAGCAGCAGCCCAAUUGGGGAUUCCCUGACGUUUUCACGGCCGCCACACCCACCAUCAAUCCAAUUCAAUCGGAAAAUUACAUCAACAACCCGAAUCAUCUAACGUCAUCAAUGGCCGGAAGAAGUGAAAGUACUUCUUCAGAAGAGACACUCAACGACGUCUCUGUCCCAUCAGACCCGAGUACGUGGAACCAAGAACAGGUGGUUACCUGGCUAAGAUGGUCGCAAAAGAAGUUGAAGAUUGGGCCAGAAUCGACUGACCCGGCCAAAUUUCCUACCAAUGGCCAACAUCUCUGUUCGUGGACUGUAGACAAUUUUGUCCAAGUUGCCGGAUCAGAAGCUGGACCCCUUUUGGCCGCCGCCCUUUUCUGGCUGAAACGACCACAUCUACAAUCGACUCAUGGAGAGGGUGCAGAGGUCCUGGAAACGAUCCGGGUUCAAUCGCAACCAGUUCAGGAGACUCAACAGUCGGGUGUCAUGUCGUUCUCGCAUCCAUCGAAUGAAUCACCGCUCACGGCCAGUACUUCAAGUGUUAACGCAUCGCCGUCGGGUGGUUCGCAUCCGUCUUGGUGGAUUCAGGAUUUCCUCCACACUACCUUGGGAAUUGCCCGCAGGAAAAAAGGGUCGCCAGAUUCGCCCGAUUUUAAUAAAGAAGGCGGUAAAUCGACUCAAGAUCCGGAUCCGGCUUCUACAUCAGGCCAAAUUCAGUUGUGGCAGUUCCUGCUCGAGUUGCUGGCCGAUCCGCAAUCAAACGCUGCCUGGAUCGCAUGGGAGGGAAGCCAAGGUGAAUUCAAGUUACUCGAUCCUGAUGAAGUUGCUCGCCAAUGGGGAAAUCGCAAAGCCAAACCCAACAUGAACUACGACAAGCUCAGUCGGGCCCUAAGAUACUAUUACGAUAAGAACAUAAUGAGCAAAGUUGCUGGAAAGCGUUACACGUACAAAUUCGAUUUCAAUGGAUUGAUGCAAGCUUGCCAACAGCUGACGACGGUGACUAGUGCGGAAACAUUGGCCAUGUCUUCAUCGACGAGUUUGCAUUUGGCCUACAUCCAUCGCGGAGGUCAAGUGCCUCCUUUAAUGCCGAGCAGCAGCAGCCCCAUGGUCCAGGAUGGAGAGACGACAGCUCAUUCAUCUCAUUAUCGGUCCCCACCACCGUAUUGGUUUGCCAACUCUUCGGCCGCUUCACCAUCACGUUGGAACGCUCAGUCUGACGUGGUUCUGCAAUCAUCACCGCAAAUGAUCUCGGCGGCCAGUUCACCUUCAUCGUCUGUCACAUCGCAGUGUUCGAUUCUGUAUCACAACAAGUAGUCAAACAUGCCAAUCUUCAACGCGCCAUCGAGUUCAUUCAACAAAAUAUAAUAGAGUAGGCCUCCGUUAUUAUUAAAAAAUCAUUUCCUCUUUCUUUUCUCCAUACGGUCAUUCCAUUUUUUCGUAAGGUAUUGAAAUCCCCCCCAAAAAAACCAAAUCUACUUUGAUGAUGAAUUUCUCGUGUUGUACGAAAUGUUUGCCGAAUCUCUGGAAUUCGCCAAAGCGGAUGUAGUACUCACAACGGAUGCCAACAAGUUUCUAAUAUUAUUAUGUAAAGAUUAAAAAACAUUUGUUUUGCCAAUGUUUCAUACUAUAUACUCCGAUGUCACCACCAACUACCUGGCCCUUUUGACACUUGGCCAGGGUGAGCAGUCGUGAUAAUACAAAGAAAAAUCUGGGUCUCAAAUGAAUGAUCAUCUGUUCUAGCAAUUUUAAUAGUCGCUCGGAUGAAAUACAAUACCUCAUUGAUGA